GGGCGGGGAAGGCGGCGGUGGUGGCGGACAGAGCGGGGCUUAUUAUUAGAUCGCGGGAGAGGGGCAGUGGCGUUCCUCUUGGGCUUGGGCUUCUAGUUGGGCAUCUAGACGAGCGGUGCACUCUAGAGCGGAACCUCGGGGAAGCUGGGCCCCGUGAGACCGUCCGUUCUCUCGAGGUAGCUCGAGCACUCGAGUCGAGGCAAGCCGACACGCGCGUCGCGGAUUCGCCGUCGUAACGGGUGCCGCGGGAGCAGUUGCCGUCGGCGCAGCGGCAUCGGCGCCCCGAGGAUGGAAGAAGAGACUGAAACGAGCGUGUCCCUCAUGAACCGCGUUUACUACGCGGCGAGGGACGGCAUGGCCAUCACCCUCUACGCAAUGCUCAACAAUAAGGAACCGGAGUACAGCAGUCGGCUCAUUAGCCAGAAAGUACUACAAGAAGAUGGUCAGUGCUGUUCAUCUUUUAUAGUAGCUGCAAGAUUUGGACAUAACAAAGUCGUCAAAAUGCUUUUGGAUAAAUUUAAAUUAGACAUAGAACAAGAAGGAAGGGUAAAAUUUGAUGGUUAUAUUAUCGAAGGUGCCAGUGCUCUUUGGUGCGCCGCUGGUGUCGGACACUUAAGUGUGGUAAAAACACUGGUGAAGGCAGGUGCAAAUGUGAAUCAUCCCACCAAAACAAAUUCAACACCUGUAAGAGCUGCUUGUUUCGAUGGAAGACUGGAUAUUGUUAAAUAUUUAACAAAUCAUUCUGCGAAUAUUCAUAUUGCAAAUAAGCACAAUAAUACUUGUCUAAUGAUCGCUGCUUACAAAGGUCAUCUCGAUAUUGUAAGCUUUCUGUUAGAAAAUGGAGCAGAUACUAACGAAAAGGCUCAAUAUGGCGAAACAGCUUUGCACUUUGCCGCUGAAUGUGGACACUGUAAUAUAGUAAGAAAAUUACUUGAAUAUGGUUCAAAAAUGUCAAAAAAUAUCAAAAACAUGUCGCCUUUAAUUUCGGCCGCAGAAAGAGCAAGAGCCGAUGUCGUAGAAUGUCUCAUUGAGCAUGAAGACUUAAUUAAGGAAGAUGUAAUCGAAGCAUACGAGCUCCUCGGUGCUUCGUUCGCAAAUGACAAGGAUCAUUACUGCAUUGAAAAAGCAUAUACUUAUUUACACAAAGCCAUGACAUUGAGAUUUAGUGAUCCAAAUAACAUAAUAUAUAAAGUUCCGAAUGAGCCAAUCCCAGCGUAUGAAAACUGGCGAGAAACAGAAAGUAUCGAAAGGCUAGAGAGCAUAAGAAAUAAUCAGAAUGCGAUUCAUAUGGAAUCCCUCACAAUACGGGAAAGAAUAUUAGGAAGGCAUAAUUCAGAAUUGCCACAGCCUGUAAUUUAUAGAGGAGCAGUAUUCGCAGAUAACGCAAGAUUUGACAGGUGCACAGAUUUAUGGCUACACGCUUUACAUUUACGGCAAAUGAAUAAUAUGUCAAUUUCAAAGGAUCUGCUACGAUUUUCUCAAGUAUUCUCACAAAUGAUCCACGUUGGAGUAGAGCUGAAAUUCCUACAAGUAUUAAAUGUUCUAGAGGCAAGCGUUAUUGAAUUAGAAAAAAAUCAAAGUAAAUUAAUCGAAUCUGAUUUAAAAGAGGAUGGCGAUCAAUCCAUUUCCGAAGAAGUCGAGUCCAAUAUUACAACGACGCUUUAUAUAUUAACAAUAUUAACAAAAUUAAUGACAUUGAAUGAGAAAGGUUAUGACGAAAUAGACAUUAAGAAAGCACAUUAUUUAGUUCACAAGUUGUGUGCUCUGAAAAUGGCCUUGAAAGAUGGUCAAACCCUAUUACAUUUAGCGGUAAAUGCAGAUACACCUGUUGAUGAUUUUCAUACGAAUGACGUUUGCAAAUUUCCAUGCGCAACAACGGCUAAACUGCUAAUACAAUGUGGAGCAGAUGUUAAUGCAAUGGACAACGAAAGAAACACGCCUUUGCAUAUUAUUGUUCAAUAUGAAAAACCAAUAAGUGAUUUUAUGACCUUACAUUCGAUAAUUUUAGAUCUUGUUGGGGCUGACGCUCACAUGGAUACUGUAAAUAGUCAGGGAAAAACUCCGUUCGACGCAGCUACAACAGGUGUAGCAGAAAUUAUUCUUCGAACGCAAACUAAAUUGUCUUUAAAAUGUAUGGCAGCGAAAGCUGUAAAGGCUUAUAAUCUUUUGUAUUGUGGUAACGUUCCUCGUUGCUUGGAAAGUUUUAUCGAGCUACAUGGACCUGGAUUAAAUCAAGGGUGAUAUAUUAUUUUCCUUUGUUAUUUGAAAAGGAAAUUUUUGUAAAUGUUCCUUAUUAAGCAAAUUGUACUGAUCCCAAAGAAUAUUGUAGAUAAAUCUUUUGUAAAUGAAUAAAUUAAAAAUGUAUUUAUAUUACUAUGUUAA